CUUGAAAGAAGACAAACAAAAACCACAGUCAAACAGCAGCGCGUACGGAAAACAGAGGAACAAUUUCGUCCCUUAACUUCAUCCUGCGUUGAAUUGUAUGACCGCGUGAAGACACGAGGUACAUCAACUAUGGAUACGACUAUUGAGGCCGCCCAGAGCGAAGACCUGCCUACAAAGCCAUCUCUGCCUCCCAAACCCAGUUUCACUCCCAAACCGUUCUCUCUGCAAAAAAACAGCACAAUUCGCUCCAUCAAAGCUCCAAAGACUGUUCCCAAAACCGUUCCUACACCUACGUCAGAAACAAGUCAGACCAAAAACUUAGAGACAAAAAGUUCCCCGACCACCACUGUAACUACCCCUGCUAAAAAACUGCCUCAACCCAUCAGUUCUCCAGAGACUGCUCUCAAAACCGCUCCUACAGCUAAGCCAGAAACAAGUCAGACCGAAAAAUCAGAGACAAAAAGUCCCUUGACCACUACCUUGACCAUCCCUACUGAGGAACUGUCUCAGCCUAUCAGUUCUUCAGAGACUGCUCCCAAAACUGCUCCUACACUUAAGUCUGAAACAAAUCAGAUAAAAAAAACAGAAACAAUAACUCCCACAACCACCAAAGUGAGCAUCCCUACUGAGGAACUGUCUCAGCCUAUCAGUUCUCCAGAGACUGCUCUCAAAACUGCUCCUACAGCUGAGCCAGAAACAAGUCAGACCAAAAAAUCAGAGACAAGAAGUCCCCGGACCACUGCUGUGACCUUCCCUACAGAGGAACUGUCUCAACCCAUCAGUUCUUUAGAGACUGUUCCCAAAACAGCCCCUAUACUUAAGUCUGAAACAAAUCAGAUUGAACAAUCAGAGACAGAAAAUCCUACUGCUGUGACCAUCCCUGCUAAAAAACUGCCUCAACCCACUUCAGCCUCAGCUACCAAACCACAGCCUGCAAGUGUGCUGCCUAAAUCUCAACCAGAAGCAUCGAAAACAAGUGAAGCACUUCAACAGAUUGAGAACUGUCUUGGUUCUGAGACAGCUGCUCUGGAUCCAGCUACCGAAACAACUCCAACUAAAGAGGAACAAAAGUCAGAACCAGCGCAGAAGGACACCAUCCAAACAAAUCACAAACCACCCACCAUUGCUGUUGCUAGCUCAGAGCAGAAAGAUGGAGAGGAGAAGCAAAGUGACACUCCAGUUUCUGUCAGCCAAAAUAUGGAAGAGUCAAGCAGCAACGGUUCCUCUACAAACGAUUCAUUUUACCAGCGGGGAAGCGUAAGGAAGCGUCUGCCUAAGUCGCUCACCUCAAAGUUCGAGUCAGGCGGGAUCCCUUUGCCCCGUCAGUCUUUCAGGGCCAUUCCCAAACCCAUCACCAAAGACGAAUCCAAUAAACCAGAAUCUUCUGACACGCAGCUUGUUCACGCAACACCAGAGCCUGCGAUCAAAGAGAGUGAUACUGAUGCAGUGGAAUUUACCAGCGGGAACAGCAUUAAGAAGAGAAUCAGUCUCCUGUUUGACUCUGUGUCAAAGCCGGAGGUCACGACCAAGAGAGAGGAGCCAGAAAUAACAAAUGGGAUCGGAGGUGUGAAGGAGCAGAUCAAAAACUGGGCGUCAGAAACAGUUCCAGAGGAUCAGAAGGUCGAGACGAGUCCUCAGGCUGCAGACGGAGUUUGCUCCAAGGGGUUGACGCCGGAAACACCAAGAGUGGAAGUUCCUGCAGUGGAAGAGACACCCACCCAGCCAGUGGACUCACGUUCAACAGUAUCCUCAUCCACAGGGAGUCAAAUUGAACCACCAAAGGAGGAACCAUUCAAAGAUAAACCCUUAGAGAAUGCAACAGAGACUCCAGCAGAGACUGACAAAUCAAAGGAAGAUGAUGUCCAGGUGCAGAGCAACCACUUGGCUGCUGCUGAUGAGAAAAACUUGGCCGAACUGAAGAGGAAGAAGAUGAAGAAUCGUCGCUCUGUUCGCUUCGGAACUGUGGUGGCAGAUGACGGUACACCUCCAGUGGUGCUGGGCCCGGAGCCUGAAUCCAGUGAAGAUGAAAAACAAGAAGAGAAUGCUGAGGUUGAAAGCAAGGGAAAAGGGGAGGACAGCGUUUCGAUGCCCGUCUACAAAAGAGUCGGCAUACUCCAGAGGAAGGACGACGUGACCCAAAGUCAAGAAACUCUGAAGCACCAGCAGAAGGAGGAGGAGAGUGAACAUCCAAGAUCUAAGAUGGAAGAAGAGUUAAAACAAAUAAAAGAUGAAGAAGCGAGGGAGAAAGAGAAGGCAAGAGAGGAUGAAUUGGAGAGAAAACGAUUAGAGGAAGAAAGAAGAGAAAUAGAAAGACUUAGAGAACAGGUUGAAAAAGAAAGGCAAAUGGAGCUGCUGAGACAAAAACAGGUAGAGGAGGAAAGAGAGAGGGAAAGAGUGAGGCUGGAGGAAGAGCAGAUGAAAGAGGCAAGAAUGAGGGAAGAAAGAGAAAGACAGUGGCAGAAAGAUGAGGAGGAACGACUGAAAUUGGAAGAAGAAAAAAGACAGAAGGAAAAGGAGGAGAGAAAAAGAAGAGAACUUGAGGAGCAAAGACAGAAGGAGCUGAAAGAUGAAGAGGAAAGACUAAAAUUGGAAGAAUAUCAAAGACAGAAGGAAAAGGAGGAGAGAAGAAAAUAUGAGCAAAGAUUGAUGGAGCUGGAGAGUAUGAGAAAGGAAGAAGAGGAGAAACUCAGACAAGAAGAGCUGGAAAAAGAAAAGUUAAGACAGGAGCUGGAGAGGGAGCAAGUCAGAAGGCAGGAAGAGAAGGAGAGGCUGAGACAGGAGGAUGAGGAGAGAAAAAGGAGAGAGCUGGAGAGGAAGAUGCAGCAAGAAAAAGAGGAGGAGAGGAAGAGAAAAGAGGAAAUAAAGUUACAGAUGGAAAAAGAAAGGGCAGAAGAGCUGAAGAAAAAGAUGGAAGAGAGUCAACCAAGAGCAGAGGAGAAUGACAAAAGAGAGGAAAAGCUAAUCAAUUUUGAUGCAGAAGAGCCUCCAGCUUCCCCCUCUUCACACGUCUCAAAGAACACAGAGGGCCUCAGCGAUGUCGUUUAUGAUGACUUCUCGAUCCAGAACCCUGUGCUCGACGUAGACUUUGAUGACUUUUCUGUCAAACCCAGGAGACGGACUUUCCAGCCUAGGCGGGAAACUGCUCCCAUCAGCAGCGACUGGAGAGUUGAACCUCUGAGGAAAGACAACCUACUGGUGUCCUUCAACAGUGAACCUCAAGAAGCUCAGCAAGAAAACGUACCAAAGCAACCAGAAACACUGUUGGUUUCCACCCCAGCCCCAGAGAGCCCAGAGGAAGAGAAGGUUAAGAGGUUGUUGGCAGAGUUUGGUGUGAAGGAAGAGGCAGAUGAAGAGGCAGAGAACCCAGUGGUGGACCAGCCUGUAGAGAUGAAGGAGGAGCAGGAGAUGGAGAAUGGGGCAGAAAUGAAAAACAAGGGUGAAGAAAAGGACAACAAAGAGCAACAGGUUAACAGCUACAUCACAAAUGAUGAGGACAAACUCAUUCGGACUUUGUUGGACAAUGAGCAGGAUGGGAUUUCUGAACAAACGUCCGGCCCUGACAGUCCAACUCCUGUCCCUGACCCAGACCCUGAUGCCUCUGAAGAUCUGGAUGAUACCAAUUCUCAAAGAGAGUUGGAUUUAGAUGCAGUCUGUGAGAACUCUGCCCCUCUGCUUGACAACAGCUCACAAAAAUCAAAAGCAGUUUUAGGAAGGAGGCUAACACGAACGCGUCCAUCUCGCUCUCUCAGAUUAAUGUCGGCUGAAGCUGCCAGAGUACAAUCGAGUGUCUAUAAUGAUGAAAAAGACAAUCAGUCAGACUCAGUAGAGGAACCACCUAAAUCAAAGCCAGUUUAUUCUUCUCCGCCAUCUACUCAGAGGGUUCCCAUGUUUCCAGGACUGAGCCCCGCAGAUCUACUUAUUGGACUAAAAAAGAAAACCGGUGGCGUGGCAGCUGAAGCAGAAGAGGGAUCAGCAGAAGACAGAGGAGAACAAGAGACCGAAAGUCAAAAUAAGAAAGUCGCUCCAUCUCCAUCGGAGGUCUCAGGAUCUCCUCGCGUGGCGGCUCAUCUCGUAGGAGCUACACGAGUUCUGCCCCCUGCAGUCAGUAAAGACGGAGGGCUUUGGCCUAAGAAGCGGAUGACUCAGCAGAAUGGUGAAACUUAACCAGACAUAAGAGACACAACUUUCACACUCUUCAGCGGGAAUUGGAUCAUUUCAGCUCCUUGCUGAUGGCAGAUAUAAUGAUGAUUGCUCCAUUCUGCACUUUGAGUGCCUUACUUUGGAUCUUUCCUGAGAGAAAAGAAAUUGUGCUUUGUUUCUGGACACAGAGGCAACAUUGACCUUUUGUAUGUUAUAAAUGGAAUAUGGUGCCAUGGCUGUGCGCAGAGGCUGUUGAAUGUUACUGCCAAGUAAAUAUUUCUCCAAGCACUGUCUGAGAGCUCUGUGGAUGUUUGAGUGUACUUUAGUGCAAAGCCAUUCUGUGUCUUAAUCUGUGAAUGUGAAAUCCAUCAUAGAGGCACUACACCUCAUCAGAAUACUGAUUAUGCUUAUUACAAUAAGGCACUUUUCAGUCUUUUUACCUAAUCUAACAUGUACCACUAACUGUCUUUACAGGAAAUCUACUACUAAAUCCAAUGCUUUAACUGUUACGGACCUCCUCAGAAGACGACGUGCAGAUCCAGACAUAAAUCCUUACACUUACUAUAAACAUCCUCACACAACAUAGAUACUAAGACACAAAUGGCAAAAGCAUAGAAAUGUACAGAAUCACUAAGUGGAUGUGUGUUUUUAGUUUACGUUGCACAGAUUAUUUUUAUAUCCUAUCACAAUUCUUCUCAAGGAAAGUUUGAAGCACUUUAACAAAAAUAUUACCAUAUUUGCACCCAUGCAAUAGAAUUUGAGCAAUAGCGAAAUCAUGUUUGAAUUUAUUUUUGCAGAGAAUUUAGUUUUUCUUGUGUUUUGUUACAACAUUGUCAGUUUCACAUUCUGUAGUUCUAUUUCUUUCUCUGGGGACAAUAACAGAUUCAGGAAGUGUGCAUGUUAUAUGUGUAUGUAUGUGUUCAGGAUUGUAAAACUUAGAAAACCAUGUGCCUUUUUUACUACUGGAAAAUUGUGACCAUUUUGGUCUUCAUAGUGUAUGUUCAAUGGAAAAUUGAGGGAACUUUAAUAAAAGUUUUUCUUUUCUAUGAAA